CAAUCGGCGGCGGCGACGUAACCGGGUAUGCCGGUAGCCAAUCGGUGAGCUGCUUAGUGACCGGAGGAUUAGGUGAGGAGGCAAGAUGGAGGCAGCGGGCGAGGCGGAGGCGCGCGCCACCUUGGCGGCUCCCCUCGGGCCUGAGAUGGCGGCCGCCGCCGUGGUGCUGCCGGAGCGGCUGCAGCGGCGGGAAGCGGAGAGGCAGCAGGGUGUGGAGCGGCAGCGGCAGAAGAAGGAGGCGCAGGUGGUGAAAGAGGAGCAGAGCGAGUUCGUCGUUGCCGCCCUCGCCCGGGAGCGGGAGGCUGUGGAGGCGCUGCUGGCGGCGGGGCCGCCGGAGGAGGCGGCCGCCCGCCUGCAGGGGCUGCAGCGGCUGCUGACCGAGAGCGUGCGGUUCCUGCCGCCGUACGAGGUGCGGCAGGGCCAGGAGGCCGUGGCGCGGCUCCAGGGCGAGCUGGCGGCCCGGCGCCGGGAGCUGCAGCCCAAGAAGAAAUUCGCCUUCCGGGCCCUGAAGAAAGAAGCGGCUGCGGGCAGCGCCCCGCGCCCCGCGGAGCCCGCCCGGCCCGCCGCCCCUGGCCCCGGCCCCGGCCCCGCCGAAGGGGAGGCAGUCGGGCCGCCACUGUGCGGCUUCAGCGGCGCCGAGGAGGAGGAUCUGGAGCUCGGUCCCGCGGAGCUGCUGCAGCGCGACGUGGUGCUCUCCCAGCUGCGCGGCUGCCGGGUGCGGCUCCGCGGCAACGCCAACACGCUGCGGGUGCGGGACUGCCGGGGCUGCACCGUGCUCUGCGGGCCCGUCUCCACCUCCGUGCUGGUGGAUGGAUGCAGCGACUGUCUCCUGGUGCUGGCCUGCCAGCAGCUCCGCACCCACCGCACCCGCGACUGCCGGUUCUACGUGCAGGUCACCAGCCGGGCCGUCAUCGAGGGCUGCAUUGAUGUCUCCUUCGCCCCCUACACCUGGAGCUACCCCGGUAUCGAGAGGGAUUUCGAGUCUUCUGGGCUAGACAGAAACAGAAACAACUGGAACCUCGUGGAUGACUUUGACUGGCUGGCCACAGACAGACCUUCACCCAACUGGAGGCUGAUCUCUGAGCAGGAAAGAAUCAGCUGCUGGGACUGACUGCAGAGGCAGCUCGGUGCUGAGCAAGAAAUCCUGGUGUAAACGCAUUGAUUCAUAAACUCUGGGACUUCAUCCCGGAUAUGCCAUUAAAUUAUUCCAUUUGGUACUUAAAUUGUGAAUUUCAAUGUGUGACUGGAUUUUUUUAAAUUGAAGAAUACCAGUCAAAUAUAGUUUACUAUUCUUACACAGGUCGCUGCUAUAAUCUUUAUGUAUUACUGUGCAAUUUGUCAACUACUGCAGUACCUCAUUGCUGAGUUUUUUCUGAUGAAGGUGGGGCAAGGGGUGCCAAUACGCAAACACUGGUGAGCCUCUAUUAGAGCUGUUGUACUACCUUUGCUCACACAGGCAGAAUCUGAAUUAGCAGCAAGUAGUGCAAGCUGUCCUGGAAUGGAAAAAGCAAAUAGCAAGUUUCUCAUUUUUGUGGUUCUCAAGUUGCAGAUUAACAGUACACAAGGUCUUAUGUGCCGUAUGGGAAAGGACUUUUGUGAGGUAUUGGGGAACAAUGAAAUCUGUAAGUCAUCUUAAUUUAGGCUUUAUUUCAAGUGAGAUGAGUCUAAAGGAAAUUAAUGAACAUUUAAUGCUCUUGUAGUAUAUUAAUGAUUGAAAUUAACAAACCUAUAGAGGCUAUAUGAAUACUAAACGUUCAUAGUCUGAAAAUAUUACAUGAAAGAAUGCUCCUUCUGUAAACACUUUUAACUUGAGUUAAUAAAAUGAGCACUUUGUACUUUUGGGGGCAUACAGUAUGUGCUGAUUAACCUUAAAGACGCUAGGUAAAAUGCUCAAUUGCAGUCUGAAACUUCAGGGAAGAGAUGUUUAGGUAUGUCUUGCUAGUUGUUUCAUCUGUUUACCAGACUUUGCAGUACUGCGAUCUGAAUUUACAGCACUGCUGUCAGUGCGGUACUGACAGAGGAAGUCAGAUGGGAGGAUGAAGUGCUGUGUUCCAGAAUUGCAUGUUAUCAUGCAUAAAGUGCACAGUAACUUAGGUCCCAUUUCUUCACUCCUGCUAAAUAAAUAAAGUAGCAACAUUAUGAAAUAGUGGUUUUAGAGUGCCUUGUUAGUGGUGCUGAAGUGACCGCUAUCCAUAUGUAGUAGUUCUAGGUUUCCAAAAGUGCUCGAUCUGUGGCACUUUACCAGAAAUCAUUGUUUAUCUUGCCUAAGAUUCAUCUUAGAGUUGUAUUUUAAAAACAAAAUACUUAUGCUGCCCAACCAUCACAUAUGUGCCUCUAACAGAAAAUUAAUACUUGCUGAACCAGCAAAAACUAUGUAAUUACUCUGAGAAGUACUUGAAACUUCACUUGAGUACUUGACUGGUUUUGAGCAGAGAAACUAUCUAAUUUGUUUUCAGAAUAUUUAAUUCAAAAGGGGAGGCAAAAAAGAUACCUUUUAUAUAUUCUUCAUAACCUUCAGUUUUGUUCACUUAUGUUAAUAUAUACUUUUUCACUGAAUUGGAUUUUGCAUUUCAAAUAUAUUUGUUUUGAAUUGUU